AUGGCCAUCCUCGCAGGCAAGAAUGGGAGUGCACAGCCGUUGGCCCCUUGUCUUAGCGUUAGGCAUACUGAAGUAUUUCGUCAGCAGCACCUAGCGUUUCCGGAGCACUCCGUCCAGCCUGCCGCAGUUCAGCUUCUUCCUGUACUAGUUGAAGGAGUCAUCAUUGGUGUUAUUUUGUGGCGUUUAAAUGCAGAACUGGAAGUAAAAACAGCUGAUCUCAUUAGACAAGCGGAGGAAGCAAUAAGAGAUCAGCAAGAGGUACAAUCUAGGCCUUUUUCAACACAUAAUAAAUCAUACGAAGAGGAAGAUGAUUAUAGCAUAAGAGGUCCGGUGUCAUCUGAAGGGGUAGUUCAUCGACAUCCAGACACUAAGCUGAAAAACAAAAACACUGGUGCUAUAAACAAGGUUCAAAACAAGUUACAGUCUGCAAAUAAAGGAAGGAAAGCAAAUUCAAGUGUUAAAUUGAAAUAUUGCAAUGUACAAACUGCCAAUGAUGUUGCCAUUCCAGAGGACUUCUCAGACUUUUCCCUUGCAAAGACAGUUAGCAAAAUUGAAGGACAACUGGAGGAAGAAGGCUUACCUGAACAUUCAGAUGAUGAGAUUUUCUCUGGUGUUAGUAACGAUAUCGGAACAAAGGCGCAGAUCAGAUUUCUAAAGGCCAAACUCCAUGUAAUGCAGGAGGAACUGGAUAAUGUUGUAUGUGAAUGCAAUAAAAAGGAGGAUGACAUUCAGGAGUUAAAGUCUCAAGUAAAAAGUUUUGAAGAAGAUGGUGCAAGACAGCAACGAACAAUUAAUAUGCAACAGUCACAAAUAGAAAAAUACAAGAAUCUUUUUGAAGAAGCAAACAAAAAAUGUGAUGGAUUACAACAACAAUUAUCUUCAGUAGAAAGGGAAUUAGAAAACAAGAGACGACUACAAAAACAGGCUGUCACCAGUCAAAGUGCUACAGAAGUUCGCUUGAACAGAGCCCUCGAAGAAGCAGAAAAAUAUAAAUUGGAGUUAAGUAAAUUAAAGCAAAACAAUAAGGAUAUAGCAACUGAAGAACACAAAAAAAUUGAAGUGUUAAAAUCAGAAAACAAGAAGCUAGAAAAACAAAAAGCAGAAUUAAUGAUAGGUUUCAAGAAACAAUUAAAAUUAAUUGAUGUUUUAAAGAGGCAGAAG